AGAGAGAGAGGGAGUGGGGAGGGGGAAGGAGAAGGAAGGGGAGGAGAGGGCAAUCGCAUCGGGGAGCGCAGCUAUAUAUAAACACCGAAAUUUUGUUCUACGCCGCUGCCAGCCAUACAAUACGGGCAGCCUCUUCUUUUUUUCGAAACCAUAAUCAGAGGAAAGGAAAAUCGACAUUCGGAAUUUUCAACUCUGUGUUACAUUUUUCUAUCUGGAUCGGACCCAUUGCAGGAAUUUGUUGUGUGUGUGUUUUUGUUUUAUAAAUUAAAGUUUUCCGGCGAUGGCGUCCGGCGGUCCGAACAAUUCCGGCAAUGGAAGUCCGCGGCACGGCGGGACGACGAGACGACGCGUUGCGGACUUUUUGGACUCCGAUAGCCGACUUUCGAACUUUUCAGAUUUGUAUGACGAAGAAGACAAUUCCAACGGCUCCAUCGGCGGGUCCCACCAUCACCAUCACCACCUCCAUGUUCACCAUCCCGUGAUUAGGCACUUUCUGCUACGGAGCCGGGCCCUGUGUUGGGUUCCCGAGGCGUGGAUUCUCAGGAUUGAAGAAGGGUUUUUAUCCACGGCCAUGAUCCUGCAGUCGUUAGGAUCGGGGAGGAACUUCGGCCGUAAGAUWUUCGGGAUUUUGCUGUUUCUGGCAGUUGUAUCGGUGUUCCUGAAGUUCUCCUUCCUCAAUUCACAUGUGGAGAUUAACGGGAAGAUCAUAGAUAAAGGACAAUUAAUUAUUCAGACCUUCAAAGAGGAUUGGGUAAUGGCGCAGAGGGCCGUCGCUGAGGACGAAGCCGCCAUGCCCAAGCGCGUUCUAGAGAAAGUUUCUACGCCUGAAAUUUGGAUGAAACCAAGAAGCGACAACUUCUAUCAGUGCAUUGCCCGAACUAGGAAUCGGAUAAGAACUAGUUCUAAAACAAAUGGUUAUCUUCUUGUACAUGCCAAUGGGGGACUGAAUCAGAUGAGAACAGGGAUAUGUGAUAUGGUUGCUGUUGCUAAGAUUAUGAAUGCUACACUUGUUCUUCCUUCCCUUGAUCACGAGUCAUUUUGGACGGAUCCAAGCGAUUUCAAAGAUAUUUUUGACUGGAGACACUUCAUUAAUGUUCUAAAAGAUGACAUCGUUAUCGUUGAGUCCCUGCCUGCCCGGUGGGCAACGGCGAAACCCUUUGUCAAGGCUCCUAUUUCCUGGUCCAAGGCUAGUUAUUACCGAGGAGAGAUGCUGCAUUUGUUAAAGCGACACAAAGUGAUGAUGCUCACCCAUACUGAUUCUCGACUUGCUAACAACGGUUUGGCAUCUUCUGUUCAGAAGCUCCGAUGCCGUGCCAAUUACGAGGCUCUACGCUUCACCAAGGAGAUUGAGGAUCUUGGCAAGCGCUUAGUUGAUAGACUGAGAAAAGAUGGGGAACCAUAUAUCGCUCUCCAUCUGAGGUAUGARAAAGACAUGCUUGCAUUCACUGGCUGCAGCCACAACCUUACUGCACAGGAAGAUGAGGAGCUCAAAGUCAUGAGAUACAAUGUGAAGCAUUGGAAGGAGAAAGAGAUAGAUGCAAAAGAGAAGCGACUUCUAGGGGGAUGCCCAAUGACCCCUAUGGAGGCAGCCAUAUUGCUCAAGGCCUUGGGUUACCCUUCAGCCACGAACAUCUACAUAGUUGCUGGGGAGAUUUAUGGCAGCGAUAGCAUGGCAGCCUUUCGAUCAGAAUACCCCAAUGUCUUUUCUCAUUCCACUCUUGCAACUGAGGAGGAAUUGGCACCAUUUAAGCCGUACCAGAAUCGUAUGGCUGCCUUGGAUUAUAUCGUGGCAGUAGAGAGCGAUGUCUUUGUUUAUACCUAUGAUGGAAACAUGGCUAAAGCAGUGCAGGGCCAUAGGAGGUUUGAAGGAUUCCGAAAGACUAUAAAUCCUGACAGGCAAAAUCUAGUCAGGUUGAUUGAUCAACUGGAGCAGGAGGUCAUUUCUUGGGAAGAAUUCUCCAGAGAAGUGAAGGAGUUUCAUAAAGAAAGACUCGGGGCCCCAUAUUUGAGACUGGUCGGAGAGACACCGCGGCUAGAGGAGAAUUUCUAUGCUAAUCCUCUCCCCGGCUGUAUUUGCAACAAGUCUCAGAACAGAAUAUUGAGACUAGAAAAUGAAAAGAAACGAAGUCUUCAGGCUUUAUCGCAGAGAUAGAAUUAUGAUUUUACUGCAAACUUGUUGCUUCUUCUGCUAAAUUGAUGAUUGGUGUGCCCAUUGCUCCAGGGCACCCACGGCUAUUAUGCGUCCCUCAAAUUUGACAGCCAUUCCCCUGCCAUGAGUUCAUACAUCCCCACAGGGAUGAUCAUUCCGAGGUUUUGCUAGCUUCCUUUAGCUUACAAAAGAGCAGAAGUGCAAAUUUUCUCUUUUUUUUAGGUAAAUUGAUGGAGGGUAGGAUUAUGGUAGGCGAUUUAGAGUCAGUUCAGGUAUAGUUUUUAAUAGCAAAACAGGUUUAGUUUUACACAGACAGCUUCCCUGUCAAAUAGUGGAGAAGAAAAAAAAAAUUUUUGCAUUCGUUAUUCUUUACUUUAUCCCACCUGAUUCUUCAUGUAAACAUUUGGAAAAGGAAAGGUAAAUUGCCAUUUCUUCCA